GAGGCACCGGAAGGGGCGUGUCCAGGGCUGAGGCUCCUCCCCCCUGCUCCCCCAUGUGGGGGAGAAGCCAGAGGCUGGUCCCUGGAGGGGGAGCCCAGGCGGAGGGGGCUGGAGCUGCGCCCUCGUUUCCAAAGCGGAGCAGGCGGGGCGCCCCCUUUUGCUCCUUCCCGUGCUUGGGGAGGGACGCCUUUAGCUGGUUUGCUAAAAUGGGCGCCACCAUCUCUUGAAGAAGGCCUGUGGCCAUGAGGCAGAGGGCGCCCCGUGAGUUUUGCAGCCGACACCACGAUCUUUGCCAUCAGAGGUUCAAGCCAGAGUAGCAGACGAAGACUCAGAUCUUGGAUCUGGUGAUUCUGGUGAAACUCUAGACCCUCCUUCCCCCAAAGAUGGAGGCUUGGAUGGGAGACGGUGGAGCACAGACCAGUUGCCUCAUGAUGGCCCUGGCAGAAGGCUUCUUCCUGGAUCAGAUGGGAGAGAAGAAGCAAGAGGAGGAGCAGCUUUUUCGGAUGGACAUGGAAAGGGACACUUGUAUUCUUGGAGCACAGAACAUGCCAUCGGAUAAAACAUGGUUGGAGAAUUCCAUCCGGGUCAUGCAGGAAGAGGAUGGAGGGGUCACCUCCCUGGGAGGAGGACCAAGGACAUCGGCCAUGUGGGCCAGCUUGGCUCCUCCCGUGGAUACCCAGGAAGCGGCUUCUGCACAGCGGUAUCAGGUGACCUUUGAGGAGGUGGCUGUGUAUUUCUCCGAGGAGGAGUGGGCGCUGCUGGAUGCGGACCAAAGGGCCCUGCACCAGGAAGUCAUGGAGCAGAAUUAUGGGAUGGUGGCCUCUCUUGGUGGGGGCCAUUGGCAGCGUGAGGAUGAAGGAGAAAGCAAUGGACUGGCGUUAGAAAGAGCCAGGCGUCCAGAGUGGGAAGAGCAGAGCCCAAGGAACCAGGCGAAGCAGAACUUCGGGGAGAAACCAUAUCAGUGCCUGGAGUGCGGGAAGAGUUUCAGCCACCGAUCGAGCUUCAACACCCAUGGAAUUAUUCACACUGGAGAGAAGCCAUACAAAUGCCUGGAGUGCGGGAAGAGAUUCCUUCGCAGAUCGAGCUUGAGCAGACACCAGAUUAUUCACACCGGGGAGAAACCGUAUAAAUGUCUGGAGUGCGCCAAUAGCUUUGUGGAGAAGAGGAGUCUCGUGGCGCAUCAAAUGAAACACACUAGAGGGAAACUGCACAAAUGCCUGGAGUGUGAAAAGACAUUCAACCACAGAUCAGCCCUUAGUAUCCACAGAGUUAUUCACACAGGGGAGAAACCAUAUAAAUGCCUCGAGUGUGGGAAAGGCUUCCUCGGGAGGAAGGGUCUCCUUACGCAUCAGAGGAAGCAUACCGGAGAGAAACCCUAUAAAUGCCUCGAGUGUGGGAAGAGCUUUGCUUGGAAAAAUAUUUUUGUUAUCCACCAGCAAAUGCACACAGGGGAGAAACCGUACGAAUGCCGGGAGUGUGGGAAAAGUUUCCAUUAUAAUGCAAGCUUCCUUGUUCAUCAGAUGAAGCACAGAGGAGAAAAACCCCACAAAUGUCUAGAGUGUGGGAAAAGUUUCUCAUACAAAUCCAGUUUCAACAGGCAUCAAAUAAUUCACUCAGGGGAGAAGCCGUACAAAUGCCGGGAGUGCGGGAAAGGCUUUAUUGAGAAGAAGGCCCUCAUUAUCCAUGAGAGGAAUCAUACCGGAGAGAAACCCUAUAAAUGUCCAGAAUGUGGGAAGAGCUUCAGCUGGAAAAGGCUGCUCAACAACCAUCGGCGAAUUCACACAGGGGAAAAACCCUACGAAUGCCAACAGUGUGGAGAAGGUUUCCGUUACCAUGGAAGCUUCAUUGUGCAUCAGAUGGGCCACACGGGCGCAGCACCCUACAAAUGCUUCGAGUGUGGGAAAUGUUUCAGGCGGAAGCCGCACCUAAGGAGGCACCAGGUUAUUCACGCCGAAGAGAAACCGUUCAAGUGCCUGGAGUGUGGAAAGGGUUUUACAGAGAAGAGGGGCCUCGCCGCCCAUCAGAGGAAUCAUACUGGAGAGAAACCCUAUAAAUGUAUGGAGUGUGGAAAAAGUUUUGGCUGGCAAAGGCUGCUCAGGACCCAUGAACGGAUUCACACAGGCGAAAAACCGUACAAGUGUUUGAUGUGCGGAGAAGGUUUCCGCUAUCACGCCAGCUUCAUUUCACACCAGAGGAGUCACACAGGAGAGAAGCCCUACAAAUGCCUGGAGUGUGGGAAGAGCUUCAAUCAGAAGUCGUACCUCAGUAAACACCAAGCAAUUCAUUCGAGGAAGCCAAAUUAUUCCCGUGCGGAGAGACCCUAUAAAUGCCUUCAUUGUGGAAAAAGUUUCUGCCACAAGUCGAGCCGUGACAGACACCAAAGGCUUCACAACGGGGAGAAGCCCCAUAAAUGCCCGGUGUGUACAAAAAGCUUUAUAGACAAAAGGAGCUUCAUUGUACACCAGUUCAUCCAUACUGCGGAGAAACCCCAGGAAUACGUAGAAAGCUGGAAGAAUGGAAGUCAGAGAUCAGAUCAGAGCAGAAAACAAAGUGUUUACGCAGGGAAGAGACCCUAUGAAUGCCUGGACUGUGGAAAGUGUUUCUCUGACUUGUCGAGAUUCAAAAGGCACCAAAUUAUUCACACAGGGGAAAGGCCAUUUAAAUGCCCUGAAUGUGGGAAAAGCUUCAAUCUGAGUUCAAAUCUCAAUAGGCACCAAAUAACUCAUGCCAAGGAGAAGCCCUAUAAAUGCCUGGAGUGUGGGAAGGGUUUUAGCCGUGCCUUCAGCCUCCUUACGCAUCAAGUGAACCACACGGGAGAGAAACCCUAUAAAUGCUUGGAGUGCGGGAAGAGCAUGUCCCACAGGUCAAGUUUCAACAGGCACCAAAUGAUUCACGCCCCGGAGAAGCCAUUUAAAUGCCCGGAGUGCGGGAAAAGUUUUAUUGAGAAGAGAAGUUUCCUUGCACAUCAGACGAUUCAUACAAGGCAGAAACCGUACGAAUUUCUGGACUGUGCGAACAGAUUGGCGGAGAUCAAAGCUCAGUAAAGCCCCAAACGGCCCACACAGAAAAGAGAAGCCGCUCAAAUUACAAUCUAAUAGAUACAGAUUUUUUUUGUGUCCACCCCAGAAUAAUUUUAAGAAGUCGUGUUUCCCAUACAGCACAGCUGAUGGUUGACUCCUUCAUAUGGUGUGUGAUCGCUCUCUCUCUUGCGGGUUGUGGUUUUGUGGUUGUUGUUUUUCUUGAAGGCUUACUGAAGUCAUUGGGGAAAGGGAAGAAAGAGAGAGUUAGCUUGUGUCUGUCUCUCUGUUUCCUCCCUAGCAUGACGACUGCCUUGCUUAGGUCCAAUUUUCAUUCAUUUGUGGGAACAUAAAGCAAAAUUUUGCUGGAUCAGACCAAAAUCUGUGUCUUGUCCCACAGGGGCCUUCGGAUUGCCUGUGUCAAACUCAGUGAAAGGACAUACAUGCAACCCUCUUUUCUAUGGUAGGUUUUGCAGGUCCGUGAAUAAAGAGGAGACUGACCAAGACUCGGAGUUCCUGUCACCCGAAACUUUGGCUCAAGAUCACCAUGAUGGAUUUUUUUUUUUGCUUUACAAAAUACAAUGAGAGACUAUUAGAUAUAAGAAAUGAUAUGAGAACUGGAGAUGCAUCCUUGAGGGAAAGGAGGAGAGUCUCAAAGAGUGCUGAAUGUCCUCAGAAUAUAUGUCUUGUUACUGGAGAUAGUACAGCACACAAAUUAUUUUGCAUCGGAAAAUCAGCUUCCUACCUUUUUAAAAUGAGCUUACUAUCUUCUCUGCCUCUGGCUGUUCAGUAACACAUAGGACGAAACAUAUAAGAAAAUAAGAUUUUAAAACCCUUAUGUGUGUUAAAAUACUGUACCUGCGACAUGGCACUUGGUCGCUUCUUUAUUGUAUGAUGGUCCUUUUUGUCAACCAGCGAUGUUGUGUUCUUGAUGUACACAAACUCUGGAACGGGUGUUUCUUUCGAAGGUCCGCCAGUAUGAUGUAUUUCUGAUGAGCCGUUGUACUUUUUAUUUCUGAGACUGAACAUUUCGCGUGGUCACUGCUUUGAUGAAAGGUUGGAUGAUAGAUGGUAUCGAGCAACAGCUUUUGCUACCAAGAUUCGCGUCUCUUGUGUUUUUGAUACGAAACCCUAGACACUUUGCCAUUAAAAGGAAAUAUCCAAGAAUUUGCAAGAUUUGGGUGCAAUAAUUAAUGCAGACCCAGUUUAACUUGGAAUGAGGUGACACAUAUAGGAUACCUUUUCAGGCAUAGAGGUUUUCUGUUUCUUUGCCAAAAAAUAUAAGUUAGUGUCCGGGGCCUCUCUUUUUUGCAUCUUUUGAAUGCCUUCUUUCAAAAUGGAAAGCCAGACAAAGUUCAUUUUCUGGAUACUCCUAACUAAAUCUUUUUCUCUCUUUCUUUAUGAAUUUUUUUUUUUAACGUGGAGCCUUGAGGCAUAAGAAGCCUGCCUUGUUUUGAAUCAGGAUGUGGUAUAUCUGUGUGUUAACCUCUAGUCUGAAUUCCUCUGCAUUUUUUUAAAAGCUGUUGCUUCAACUGUUACUUUUUACUAAUUUAAAUCACCAGAAGAAAGGAAUGGGAAACAACUUCUGAGUACCCUCUACCUAGAAAAUCCUGGAAACGGUGAUGGCGUAAGUCAAAAGUGACUUGGUGACACAUAAUAAUUACAAGACAGUCCUGUGCUACGUUUGCUU